GACAUUACAUUUCUGUGGAUACAUCUUACGAGGGUGAGAAGGCAGUGCUGUCCAGCCCUGAGCUGUACUCUGAGGAGUGGAGCUGUAUCAGACUGAUUUAUCAGAUAGCAACGACUUCAGAGACUUCACCUGAUCCUGCCAGGCUCAACCUGUACCUGAGGCAGGAAGGAGAGAGCUUUGAUCGUUUGCUGUGGUCAGCCAAGGAGCCAUCAGACAGCUGGCUCAUAGCUAGCUUAGAUUUAACCAACAGCACAAAGAAGUACAAGAUUGUACUAGAAGGUGAAAUAGGACAAGAUAAAUCCGCCAGUAUAGCAGUUUUUGAAAUUAAAAUAACUCCUGGAUAUUGCAUUGAAUGUGACUUUGAAGAAAAUCAUCUUUGUGGCUUUGUGAACCGCUGGAACCCCAAUGUCAACUGGUUUGUUGGUGGAGGGAACAUUCGUAAUUCCCAGUCUAUCUUGCCCAAAGACCACACGCUUAACAGUGAACUGGGUCACUACAUGUAUGUGGACUCCGUUUACGUCAAGCAUUUUCAGGAAGUGGCCCAGCUAAUCUCACCAAAGACCAUGGCCCCAAUGUCUGGCUGCUUAUCUUUUUAUUAUCAACUUAAGCAGGAGAGCAGCAUUGUUUUUACUGUUUACUUGAGAGACACAAGUGGCUUUUAUGAAGAGAUCUGGAAGACAGAUGGUGCACUGAGCGCGGGCUGGGUGCUGGCAGAAGCUGACUUCACCGCGCCAUACCCCAUGGAGGUAAAGCAGUUGUUCCUUUGCAGCUGCCUCUUCUAG